CUUAAUCAGAUCCUCAGAAACAAUGAAAGAUAUGCUGUCUAUGAUGAAAGUCUAACGUAUAAAACAUUCACAUUCUGAGAUUUUAUCCACAGUAGUGUAAAUUAACUUUUCGUUACUUUAUUGGAUCUUGGAUCUUAUGUGUUGCCCAUUGUUUUUAAGUGCGUCACUUUUGACGUUUGGCGCGUGAUGUCUACUCCGGAGAGUGUUCUGUUACCGGAUGGCCGGAGAAUUGGGGAUCUAAAGGUUGCUGAUCUCCGAAACCAACUGGAGAUUAGGGGUCUUAGUCGCUCAGGAGUAAAAAAAGAUUUGUGCGCACGCCUAUCAGAUGCUGUGGAUGGAGAGUUGCGUCAAGUGAGAAAUGAGUCUGGGUGUGUUGCUAUGUCUGUAAAAUCAGAAGACCCUGUUGGUGGUACUAAUAAUGCACAGAAUGAAGAUGCUUUAGAAAUUGACGCAGUCGCAUCGGACGAGGAAGUUACCGAAGUAUCUACAUCUGCUGAUGUAUCCGAAGUCAACAUUGAAAUAGAUGUAAGUUUAACUGUUAGUAUUUGAUACUUGAUAUAAUAUGUUCUUAGUAGCGUAGGAAACAUCAGUUGUAGUAUGAUAGUGUAUAGAUGUUUAUAGAUUUUAGAUCAUUUGUAGCAUUGAUAGUGGAUUUAUCCAAUUAUAUGUCAUUUUAUUAAUAUUUUUUGUUGUUGAAUAUGUUUAUAACUUACCGAAAACCUUCCUUCUUAAACCUUCGUCACUGGUGUUUGUUUUACCUUUUUUGUACUUGCCUAAAUGUACUCCUUGUUCCUGUUUAUACUCGCUAGUCGUUCACACAUGAGAUGGUCGCAUUCUGACUACGCGUUUGUUAGACAGCACGCUUACUGAUAUCACCUAAUCAGUCAAUUGGGGCAACUUAUAAUCCAAUGAUAUAUGGCCUUUGAUUAUAACGAUGGUUAUACUUUUCGAAAUUCAAAUCUGUAACCCUUCUUACUAUGCUGGUCGUGUUGUAUAUGGAUUGUGUUGAGAAAAACUUCAUAUUUAGAAACUAUUGACAGUUGUUACGCAAGCUCUGUUUUUUUCACUAACCUAUGCUGAAAUAAAAAGAUAUUUUAACAACAUAAAUAUUUAGUAUCUUUAAAACCAAACUGUUGUCUAAAAUGUCUUUAUCAAACAAAAUCGAUUGUAUUUUUCAUGUUUCUUACUUGACAUACUGUCCUUUUUCACUCAAUAUGUCAGUUUUCGUUUUUUGUACAAUCACAAUUGCAAAACGUUAAUGAUUCAAUCUCACAUAAACUAAGAUGCUUGUUUCUAUUUCAAACUUUAUUUGUUGUCUUAUUUUCUAAAAAUCUGUAGUGUUCCAUCUCUUAUUCUAUUAGUGUCGUUUAUUAAUCUGGUUACUUUAAAAAAAUCAUUCAUUCCUUCUUUCAGUAUUGUACCACUUUCAAAAUUCAACAAUCCACCAUACCCUGAUUGUAAUAUUUCUUAAUUUUGACAAUAACUUCUUUUUGAAAGACAUUCCACAUGAUAACUUGUUCUGCAAAUCACUUUUCCUGUUCCUAUUGUUAUUGUUACCAGCCCACUUAUUGAUCUUCUUGGCUUCAUUUGAUAAAUAUUUUCAAGUGACAAUUAAGUAAAUGACACUUCAAAACAUUACUCAUUCUCUGUUACCAAAAAAUUGACAAUUAUGUGAUGAAAGACCUAUGGACAUGAUAAUACGGAACAACUUAUUUUUAUACAUCUCGAUAUUCGAUGGUAUAAUUCACAGAAGAACCGCGUAUAGUGAUGUGUACUCUACGUGAUCUGUCAAGUAUAUGUAGAAACAAAAAGUUUCAGAAGUCUGAAAGUCUUUGUAAGUCGCCAUCUGUAUCCUCCGAAUCUAAACCAGAUCCUAGCAACUCAGAAAUGUCGGCCGAAGUCUCUAAUUUCGAGGUUAUAGAAGAUACACAGGUUUCAGACCCACCUGUUUCGAUUACGACUGAUACUAAAACAAAAAUGGAAACACAACCAAUACGUAGAAGACAGUGGGGGUCCCGCUCAACCACGAGCACUCCAUCAUUGUCUUCAGAAUCGUUAGAGAAGCUCAUACCAUCUUCAUGUUGGAUAAGAAAUAAAAAUACUGUGAUAGAUAAUGGCAAUGAUGAAGUUUCACGCACAUCACCUGUGUCUUUUCCGGACACCGCCAGCCAUAUUGAUGAUUUAAAUGAAAAGUGUGAAUCGUUUAAUGAUGAUGAUAAUACGAAGGAGGAAAAUAAUGAAUUUGAUCAUAAAAUAAAAAAUAAAUUAUUUACUGAUCAUAAAAAUAAUCAUAAUAUUAAUGAAGAAGAUAGUUCCAACAAUAGUAAUAAUGAUAAUAAUAAUAAUGAUAGUGAUCGUUUGCAUCUUGAGCGUGAGCCUGAAUUAGAAGUGGAUGCAGUUGUAGAAAAUAUGGAUACUUAUGAUGAUAAUAAUAACUCUAUUGAAGAAGUUUCAAUUGCAUAUGAUUCUCGUACUGUUCAUUUAACAUCAUCUGAUAUAAGCCCAAAAUUAGAUGUGAUUAUCAAGCGUGGAUGUGUGGUUAACACUAAUUCUACUACAACAACAACUACUAAUAUGACACCAUCAACAACAAUAACUAUUGCUGCUAUAACUACAAGUAUAAAUGUUAAUAAUUCUACUAUUACACAGUCUACUAAUCAAAUGACAACAAAAAUAGGAGAAGGACUGCAAUCUAAUUCAUCAUCAAAUCUAACAAAAAAAUCACCACCGCCUAAACGUAAAGGUCCUAAAGAAACAAAGGCUGUAGGUUAUUUGGUCGAACCACCAGAGCGUAUUGAGCCCAUGCAACCUGCUAAGCAUCCACAAACAGAUAUUGUUUAUAUUCACUUUCUUGUACGACCAUUCACUGCUGAACAAUUGCGUCAAAUGGUUGUAACUCAUUUCGGUCCAGUUGUUGAUCUAUGGCUAGAUAAAAUCAAAUCAUCUUCACUUAUACGCCUGCAAACAGUUGAAUAUGCUGCAAAAUGUCGUGACGGACUAGAUGGCAGUCGUUGGCCAUCAAUGAACCCACGUGUGCUACGCUGCGACUACGCAAGUACAGAUUUAUUUGAAUGGAUGAAAGUCAACGGAGAUUCUGGUGAUCUUCAACCACCGAAGCAUUUGUUACUUGGUGAUGCUUUUUCAUCAAAUACAGAUACUUCCGUAGUGAAAGCUGAUAAAUCGGAUAAUGGUUUUACGACAUCCACAGACCAAGAUAAAAAGCCAACUGAUUUAAGACGAAAAUUAGAACGAAGCAAUCGAGAUAUAGAACAGCCUCUUUUAGUUACUAAAUCUCGACAAGGUGAAAAUAAAGAGUGUCCAAUAACUGAAGCGAAACCUAAAAGCGAAGAACCUGCAAAAUUGUUGAACAAUUUAUUUCGUAAGACAAUCGCCACUCCUUCUGUCUAUUGGCUUCCUUUAACAUCGGAACAGGUUAAUCGACGAAUGAAAAAAUCAGUUGCUGAUAAACCAGAUGCCAAAAAGAUCACAAGUCGACAUUCCUCACAUCAGUCAGAAGAGGCAGUACAAAAAACAACCCGUAGUCCAUUUGCUAAUUCUUCCUCCUCUUCGACUUCUCCUCCUCCCUAUCCUCCUGGUCGUAUUCCCAGUCAAUCUCGCAGAAAUCCAACCACAGAUCGUAGCUCUAAACCAAAAAUUCCGGAUGCAAAGUCGUUCUCUACCUCUAAAUCGAGUAGUGACAAUGUCAGACAUAAUUCGACAAAAAAACCAGUAUCAAGUAAUGUAUUGUGCGACAGUAAAGGUUCAACCACUGAAUCUAAACCGAAAUCUAUCAGAGAUCCAAAAGGUGAGAGUCGUGACAUCAUAGCAGACGACAAUAAACAACAUGGUCGGUCGUCGAAACCAGAUACUUCAUCUAACAAUACUACUUUGUUGAAAAGUGAUAAGCCAUCUGAUAGUAGUCGCAAAAAAGAAUUGUCUCCAACUACACAUACACGAAAACGCCGUUACUCAAAAACAGAUAGCGAUGAUAAAGAAGCGAUUCCUUCAAAACAGAGUCGACCGAGCUUAACAUCAUCUGGUGAUUCAUCUGUCGUAGGUGAAGCAUUGGCAGCUUAUAAAAAGAACCAUACGGGGACACAACAUCAUCGUUCGGAUCACCGUAGACGUUCGUCCAGCAAUCGUCGUAGCUCUCCAAACCAUCGAAGUAACUUUAAGAGUAGUUUUCCAGAAGGACCUCGUGUCAAAGACAAGACGGAUUCCAUUUCAUAUUCUCGUGACAGCGGUCGACGUCGUUCACGUUCAUUUAACCAAAGACAUCGUUCUCGAUCUACUGACCGUAGAGAUCGUUCCUCAUCAAAUCGUUAUCGGUCACGACGUUGACAUUGUGUCUUAUAUCAUUUGAUUCAAUAUUCAUACACAUACAUACUAAUGCAUUGUAUAUGGCAUAAAACCUCGUCGUUUUUUUGCUGGCGUUUCCUUCUUGUGUUAUAAUUCUUCACUUUGUUUUCCGAAAAAAUAAUUGUUUUGUCAUUUUAUGAAGACAUUGUCCGUUCAAUGAAAUAUAAACAUGAAAUUUUAUUCAUUUUGCAUUUCCACAUUUAAAAAAUUGGAGUGAGAAAAAUCGACAUUAUCCUAUUCGUGAUUUUGAUUUAUUAAUUGUUCAACUGUAGUAGUUUCACAUGAAAACUAGGUCGAUGUUUUCCCGUGUGGAACUCCAGGAAAUAUUCAUCUUUUAUUGGAAAUGAAUCUUUUCCCGUAGUAAAUUACCCAUCGUU